AUGAGCUUUUGCCUGCGAAGGUGUGCUGGGCAGUGCAGCUACCACACGCACGGCGGUUGCCGUGUGGUGUUGUCGGAGCCUCUGCUGAAGUAUCGUCCCACCAAGGACUUGAAGGAGACGCUGCUCCAUGAAAUGAUCCACUCGUACAUUUUCCUUCAACGCAUAAAAGACGAUGGAGGCCACGGAACCAAGUUUAGGGAGUUGAUGAACUUCAUAAACACGGCCACGUUCCCAGAUUCGCAGCGCCCCCCAAGUGGAUACAAUGUGACAGUGUAUCACGGCUUCCAUGGGGAAGUGGCUCAGUACAGAACUCACUGGUGGGAGUGCGAAAAAUGUGGAAACACGGUCAAGAGAGCCACAAACAGGCCACCCCAGGAGGCGGAUUGUCGACGCAGGAAGAUCGUUGACAAGCAGUGCCAAGACCCAUACUGUGCCUACCACAUGCACAUCAAAUACUGUGGCGGUCAGUACAAAAAGACCAAGGAGCCAGAGGGAUAUGGACGAAAACGACAACGACCGAGAGAUAACAGCUGUGAUAAUGUUGGGGAUCACUCCAAAAAGCAGAAGCAGAAAGCCACCUCGACACCUAUCACCAAAUAUUUUGGCAAAAUGCAAGACACUGCAGCUGCAGGCUCUUUGGAUGCUGAAGAGAAGCCUGCAGGUGCAUUUUCUGGCAAGGCUUACUUUCUUGGCGCCGAGCCUGGCUCAGGGUUGCCACGUCCCAGACUGCCAGGGUUGCAGAAUCCAGCAGCACAGCCAGCAAGCAGCACCCCUUUCAUUCCACUGCCAAGCCCUCACAGUCAGCAAGGACCUGGGAAGUCAAAAGCACAGCAGAUCCACGGCAGGCCUGUUGGCAGCGUGUUCUCUGGGGAUGCUGGAAAUGCCCACUAUCUUGGUCAGGCGCCUGUGGCCUAUUGGCCAGUCGUCAGCAGCAAAGGUUCCAGCAGUGACAGCCCAGGUGUCACCCCAUGUAGACAAGGCCCGCACGAUGUUGAGCCAGCGAAAGUCACAGAAGGUCCCACCCCUGUUGUCGUGGAUCUUGUUUCUUGCACUGGUGGCUCAAGCUGUGCACGUGACAGCCGUUUCCAGGAGCAAGGCUGUGGGGGAGAUCCUGAGGAUCUACGGGAGCCAUCUUGGAGUACCAAAGACGGGAAAGCGAAAGGCUAUGUGGAUUCAGGCAAGGGUCGAGCGUUUUUGUCCAAGGACCCAAGUCCAACACACUCUUCCGCUGGCUGUGGCGCAACCGUUGAUGUGAUCGACUUGUCAAUGGACAAUGACAUGGAUAUCGACGAGGAGGUCACUCUGACCAUGGCUCCAGGGGCAGAAGGCGACAGGGUGGUUUGCCCAGGUUGUGGCAGAGAAUGGGCCCUGGCCUGUACAACGAAUGAGGCACUGGCUGAGCACAUGGAUAUGUGCUUGUCGGCCUGA